CUUCUUUGCAAGUAAUUCAUGGAGAAUCAAACAGCUGAUUUGUUUUAUGGUAGAACACAUGUCGUGGUAGGAUGUUAUAAUAUUACAGUAUUUUUAAUGUAAAGUAAUGAAGUUUUAACAAAAAAAAUUGAUACUUACAUAUUAGAAAAAAGAUAUUGUUCAUCUUUAUUUGAAUGUGCGAUGAAAAAGAAAGAAUUAUAAGUUGUUUUUAAAAAAUUUUCGUCUAAGAAAAAUGGCUGACCGUGAUAGCGCAUCUGAAAGCGAUUCAAGCUCGAUCGACGGAGGGCCAAUAAUGAUGCCACCGUCUCCUGUAACUAGAGAACAACUUCAAAAAAGAAUUGAGUCACUACAACAGCAUAAUCGUGUUCUUAAAGUUGAAUUAGAAACAUAUAAAUUAAGAGUAAAAGCAUUACAAGAAGAAAAUCGUGGUCUUCGGCAAGCCUCUGUCAUUAUACAAGCUAAAGCUGAACAAGAAGAGGAAUUUAUAAGUAAUACAUUAUUAAAAAAAAUUCAAGCUCUUAAAAAAGAAAAAGAAACUUUAGCACAUCAUUAUGAACAAGAGGAAGAGUGUUUAACAAAUGAUUUAUCAAGAAAGUUAAAUCAAUUGCGUCAAGAAAAAUGUAGAUUGGAACAAACUUUAGAACAAGAACAAGAAUGUCUUGUGAAUAAGUUAAUGAGAAAGAUAGAAAAACUUGAAGCUGAAACACUUGCAAAACAAAGCAAUUUAGAACAGUUACGUAGAGAGAAAGUAGAACUUGAAAAUACACUUGAACAAGAACAGGAAGCAUUAGUAAAUAAAUUAUGGAAAAGAAUGGAUAAAUUGGAAGCUGAAAAACGAAUGCUUCAAAUAAAAUUAGAUCAACCUGUGUCAGAUCCUGCUUCGCCAAGAGAAAUCAAUAAUGGUGAUACUGCUACCAGUCUAAGUGCACAUAUUCAAACUUUAAGAAGUGAAGUAGCCAGAUUAAGACAUACGUUGUUUAUUUCACAACAAGAACAUACAGAAAAAAUGCAACGAUAUGUAAAUGAAGAAAAACAAAUUCGUGAAGAAAAUUUAAGACUUCAGAGAAAAUUGCAAUUGGAAGUAGAGCGUCGUGAAGCUUUAUGUAGACAUCUUUCUGAAUCAGAAUCUAGUUUGGAAAUGGAAGAAGAACGGCACUACAAUGAAAUUGUGAUGUCUGGUGGAAAUAUAAGAAACCGUACUGUUUCUAGCCCAGUACCGUAUAAUCCUUCACCUAGUUCCUCUAGACCACUAAGUCCAGGUUCAUCAACCAGAGAAGGAUUUAAUACAAAUCGAUGUUAUGCUUGUGGACAACCUACUACAAUUCCAUUUGCAAGUUCAUCGCCUCCUUCCACUGGUCAUGUGGUAACCUCAUCCAAUAGACGCACGUCAGAUAGAUUCAUUAAACCUGCAAUUCCACCAACUAUUGUAAGUCCAAGUGGUCCACCAAUUGCGGCUAAUACAGCUACAAAUACAACUGGUGGAUCACCAAUGGAUAUUACUAAAACAUAAGUCAGUUGAAUUCAUCUAAUAACAAAUAUUUCAUCGUGUAUUCGUAUAAAGUACUUUUUUGUUGAUGCAUUUUUGCUAUGUGAUUGUAUAACAUACUUGAGAGUUAUUUUUAAAAACAUUUUGUUUUUUAACAUUUCAGUCAUUUUUUUCUGUUUUUAUGAUAAUAGUAUAUUGCGCAUAAAUUAGUUUCGAAAUAUCCAUAAAAUUGAAUAUUUUAUGAAUUGCUCUGUAUUUGGUAUCAAGUCGCUUAAAUCUUUCUUCAAAUAUAUAAAAUAGUAUUUAUAAAAAAAAAAUUUAAAAAAAAGAAAAAAACAAAAAGAAAUACAAAAAAACAAAAAUAAUCAUAUAUAAAAAUUCUGAACUGCUUCAAAUAGCCUAACAGAAUGAAAAUUAAUGGGAAGAUCGCUGUUCUAAUUUCCUUUGCAUUUUAUUAUUAUUAUUAUAAAUAACCUAAUGCAUUUUUUAAAUCUUCAAAGUAGUAGUAU